UUAUCUUGGACCUGGCAGUGUAUUGGAAACAUUGUCAGAUGUGCCGAUGGAUGACAGGGCAAGCAACCUUGUUCAUCAACGCAAGCUAAAAAAUGUCCGGGUUUCCCAUAGGAUUGGCAACCCCAUGGACUAUAAUGUCUUAAAGGAAACCAUAACUAAUAUCCAGAAAAAUUUCAAGAAUGGUGAAGAUAUUCCCUUGUCGAUUGUUGUAAUAUCUGAUAGAGAGUGGCUACUUGGAGAUCCAUCUAGGGCAGACAAGCAUUCAGCAUAUGCCCUUCUUCUUGCUGAAAAUAUUUGCAACAGACUUGGAGUGAAGGUGAGUAUAACUCAGAGCAAAUGAUCCUCAAGGAUAUUAACGUUUAUUACAAAUUGCAUGUGAUCUUUUUUUUUACUUGUA